AUGGCGACGACUACCGUUUUCUUCUACGCAUCCGAAAAGGCGGCGGCAUUGCUGAAGAUUUCGGUAGUUCUAACCGAGGACGCCGACGCAGACCCUCCUCGUCACCCAUCAAAGAGUCCGACGGAGGCUGAAAAGUGUCGGGAAAGAGACAGGAAGUGCGUUUUGUCAGGCGCCGCCCGUCCGCACGUCUGUCGUAUCUUUCCGUUCAUUUUGACCAAACGCUGUACCCACCUUGAAGACACGCUCUGGCCCGUCAUUCGAACCUUUUGGGGUAAAGAGUAUGCGGACCAUAUACAGGUCUUUCUUGUACACAACCCUCACAUAAUCGACUCGGCCCAGAACAUGAUCUGUCUCAGUCCCUUGCUCCAACAGUGGUGGAGAAAGGCAUAUUUUGCCCUGGAGCCCUACAAAAAGCUCCCGGAUGGUGUCAGGGUACGCUUCCGUUGGCUCAAAAGAACCACGUUCACCGUCAACGACAAGUUGGAGACCCUGGCAAUUGAUCCUCGUGAUUGCCUCGUUUGGCACCAGGAAGAGGGGGUCAUCGCUAUGAAAGAUUUGGUGUCAGGACACCCCCUCUUGGACGGCACCCUGUUCGACCUCACGUCUGAUGAUCCUCAAAAGCAAGUUUCCUUCGGCCUUCUGCAACUACAGUGGGACAUCCUACGUAUAGCGGCACUCUCUGGGGCUGUUGAGGCGGUCGAGGACCCGUCUUGGAACCCCGAUGAUGACGGCUUGUCGGAAUGA